AUGAAGAGCUGGCUGCCCUUCCUGCUGCUCGCACACGUUUCCCAGCAUGCCUCAGGGGUGGAGGUGUAUGAGGGGGAGGAGUUUGCCCUGCUGCCCUGUAAGGUAGCAGUUAAUGUUUCCAGUAGUGCCACAGCAGUGGUCUGGGACCGUGAUGAGUUCAAGAUCCCAACAGUCCACAUGCGUCUGCAGAGCGGAGAUGAUCUCAAUGACCAAAACGAGCGUUACAAAGAUCGAACAUCAAUGAGAGCUGACGCUCUGCAGACUGGAGAGCUCAGCCUCACUCUGAGGAACCCUGCAGUCUCUGACAGUGGAACCUACACCUGCAUCCCCCGCAUGUUUGGACAAGAUCAAACCCGUAUCACUGUAGAACUGAAGGUCAAAGAGGCUCCUCCAAGAUGGCCCAUCGUUCUCGUAGCUGUCCUGCUUCCCCUGGCUCUCCUGGCUGUCGGCGUCGGGGUCUUCAUGUUUUAUAAAUAUAAAAGGAUGAAACACCCAGCAGACAGCCAGGUUUUGAUGGUGGAGGAGACAGAAGGGGUGAAGUCUGUGGUGCUGCCCUUUAAAACCACAGAAGAUCUUCCUCUGGACUGCAGAGUGGAGUGGAAACUCACCGACCCUGAACCCAGGAUGGUCCAUGUGUAUCAGAGUGAACCCUCAAACACACAGGACGAAGUUUUCCAAGGCCGCACAGAGAUGAAGGAAGAGCCACUGAGAGACAAAGACCUCAGUCUGAAACUGAAGGACCCCCGCCUUACUGACAAUGGAGUCUACACCUGCACCAUCAGCAGCAAGGAUGGAAGUGUCUUGCUUCAGAAACUAGUGUCCCUCACUGUCAGAGAGAGCCAGAUGGAGGUGGUGGAGGUGACAGAAUGGGAAGAGUCUGUCCUGCUGCCCUUUAAAACCAAACCUGACCUUCCUCAGGAUGUGACAGUGGAGUGGAGACGCUCAGACUCCAAACACAUGAAAGUCCAUGUGUUUCGGAGCAGCUCAGAGCUUUUAGAUGAACAGGACCAGGUUUACAGAGGUCGCACAGAGAUGAAUGAAGAGCCGCUGAGGACUGGAGACCUCUGUCUGAAACUGAAACAGCCCCGUCUCGCUGACAGUGGUGUCUACACCUGUACCGUCCACAAGUGUGGAAAAGUCCUGAAGCAGAAAGUGGUGGUGCUCAGUGUCAGAGUCUACGAGUUUCAGACAGUUGAGGUGACACGGGGGGUGAAGCGUGUCCUGCUGCCCUUCAGAACCACAGCUAACCUGCUUGAGGAUGUCACAGUGGAGUGGAGACGCUCUGACCAUGGAGACAUGAAGGUCCACGUGUAUCAGACCAGCCAAAAUCAGCCUGAAAGGCAAGACCAGGACUAUCAAGGCCGCACUGAGAUGAAUGAAGAGCCGCUGACGACCGGAGACCUCAGUCUGAAACUGAGUUAUCCUCGCGUCAAAGAUAAUGGUGUCUACACCUGCACCGUCUGCAGCAAAGAUGGAGACAUCCUAAGACAGAAAGUAGUGAUACUCAGUGUCACAGACUACCAGGUGGAGAUGGUGGAAGUAACAAAGGGGAAAAGGUCUGUCCUGCUGCCCUUUAAAACCACAGCUGACCUGCCCACGGAUGUCACAGUGGAGUGGAGACGUGCUGAUACCAACGACAUAGUCCACUUGUAUCAGGACGGUCAAAACCAGCUAGAAGAACAGGGCCAGAAUUACAGAGGUCGCACUGAGAUGAGUGAAGAGCCACUGAGAACCGGAGACCUCAGUCUGACCCUGAAAGACCCUCUGAAAAUGCACAGUGGUUUCUACAUGUGCACAGUCUCCAAGGGUGAAGACAUUCUGAGACAGAAAGCAGUAACACUAACUGUCAGAGAACGACAUGGUGCCAGCUUCACAGAGCGAUUUCAGGGCUUCAGGAAAAAGAGAACAUCUGUCCCUGAUGGACCUCCAGCCUCUGUGGACAAAGAAUCUGUUCCUCUGACUGGUGGAGCAUUGACAGGAUGACCCCGCUCACCUGAUCACUGAUCUGUUCAUCUUCUCUCGUGUGGAGUACAACAAGGCUCUAAAUUAGGUCCACUUUAUUUCCCCAUUUAUUCCUCAUGAGGUUCUACUGUUACAAAAUGUACAGUAACAGUCAAAGGUUGGACACACUCACCCAUUCAGGUAUUACUGCCUUUAGAGGUUUGAAUGUUGGCUUUCAGUUUUCUUUUGCUUACUUUUGAUUUUCUUCAUAAUUUUAUGACUGUAAGUAAAAUUCAAUCAUAGAAUUAAUUAAUGAAAAGCCAAGUUCAUGUUAAUUAUUCUGUGGAUAGUAGCUUAGUGUAUCCACAGCAGUCGCAGCAGCGUGACGAGGAAAACACUGACUUUGGAGAAGGUUUUAUACGCUGUCACAUCCAAUACGUUUGCAUUUUUAUACCUUUGAUAUGCUGUGCUUGUAUGAUUAUAAUUUUGCACAGCAGUCAGUGUAGUUUAAACUAAUUGUUUAUGCUUGAAUUAGAUAUUUAGGAUUAGCUCUUGCAGUACUGUUUAUUUUAGUUUAUUUCUUUUUUUGCUCUGACUGAGUACCUGAAGUAUCAAUAAUGUUGUUGCGUGCUCACUGAGUCAUACUCAUGUGUUUAACUGUGCACACGUCUCUGCCUCUGUGUGUUCACGUUCUCCUCUGCAGAGCUGUGAGCACCACAGAGUGCUCUCAUAGACGCUCACUGAGAAAAUGAGUGCACGUGCAUGUGCACGAGCCUGAUCUCUGUCCCUGUUUACAGUCACAUAUACAGUUAAUGUUACAGGACAUGACAGCUGAUGGUGAAGCAAAGAAGAAGUGCACACUGACUGCAUGUGAAACUGAGAGUGAGCAGAGAAGUGGAUUAAAGGAAAUGUGCUUUAUUUACUGAUCUCAGAUCAGCAUUCUGCUUAAACACACACACAAAAACCCCAAAAAUACAAAUCAGCCCCUCAGAAUUAUUUUAAAUAUGAAAUAAGUGUACAGAUAGUUUAUGUGUGAGCCUUCAGUAUGAUUUCUGGAAACUGUAAAAUAAACCUGAACGUUCCCACAGCAGGUGAGGGAACGACCUG